AUGGGGGAAUGGACUAUACUAGAGAGGCUCCUGGAGGCUGCUGUCCAGCAGCACUCUACUAUGAUAGGAAGGAUCCUACUAACAGUGGUGGUCAUCUUCCGGAUUCUAAUCGUAGCAAUAGUUGGAGAGACUGUCUAUGAUGACGAACAGACCAUGUUUGUUUGUAACACCUUGCAACCGGGCUGCAACCAGGCGUGCUACGACAAAGCAUUUCCCAUUUCACACAUUAGAUAUUGGGUUUUUCAAAUCAUCAUGGUGUGCACCCCGAGUCUCUGUUUCAUCACAUACUCGGUGCACCAGUCGGCUAAGCAGAAGGAGCGGCGAUACUCGACAGUCUAUCUGACACUAGAUAAGGAUCAAGAUUCUCUGAAGCGAGACGAGAGCAAAAAGAUAAAGAACACCAUUGUCAAUGGAGUACUUCAGAACACAGAGAACUCCACCAAAGAAGCCGAGCCGGACUGCUUAGAGGUGAAAGAGAUCCCCAAUUCGGCCAUGAGAACUACAAAGUCCAAAAUGAGGCGACAGGAGGGCAUUUCCAGGUUUUACAUCAUCCAGGUGGUUUUCAGAAACGCUCUGGAAAUCGGCUUUUUGGUGGGUCAGUACUUCUUGUAUGGAUUCAACGUCCCGUCCGUGUACGAAUGUGACCGCUACCCCUGCAUCAAAGAUGUCGAGUGCUACGUCUCAAGACCCACGGAGAAGACCGUUUUCCUGGUGUUCAUGUUCGCGGUGAGUGGGUUCUGCGUGGUGCUGAACCUGGCAGAACUCAACCAUUUGGGCUGGAGGAAAAUCAAAACGGCCGUGCGAGGUGUGCAAGCCCGACGGAAGUCCAUUUACGAAAUCAGAAAUAAGGACUUGCCCAGGAUGAGUGUGCCGAAUUUUGGCCGCACUCAGUCCAGUGACUCUGCGUACGUGUAG